GAGAAGCAAAUCAGAGUCAGUUUUAGUACUGAGAGAGUAGAAGAGAUGGCUUCCAAUUCCAUAGCUCUCUUCUUCUUUGCUUUGUUGUCCUUCUCAGCUGUGUCUCUCAGGUCUGCUUUUGCAGACAAUAAGGAAGACCCAGGUCUUGUAAUGAACUUUCACAAGGAUGCAUGCCCUCAGGCUGAAGACAUUAUCAAAGAACAAGUCAGGCUCCUCUACAAGCGCCACAAGAAAACUGCUUUCUCGUGGCUCAGGAACAUCUUUCAUGACUGUGGUGUUCAGUCAUGUGAUGCUUCACUACUGCUGUACUCAACAAGGAGGACCUUGUCUGAGAAGGAGACAGACAGGAGCUUUGGGCUGAGGAAUUUUAGUUACAUCGACAACAUCAAAGAAGCUGUGGAGAGGGAGUGCCCUGGAGUUGUUUCCUGUUCAGAUAUCCUUGUGUUGUCUGCUAGGGAUGGCAUUGUUGCGGUAACUUAAUCCUUGGCACCCACU